GAAGGCUAACCGCUCGACGGUGUAAAUUCACAAGGCUGGUCGCGCGGCUUGGCGAGGAAUCUCCGGGCGUCUAACCUUCGUCGACCGGGUAGGCUUCUGGCCUUGUCGGCUGCAGACCCUUAUAUUGUACACAGCCAGUGACAGUUUUACUCACUUCAGCAUAAACUCGUCUCCAAGAACUUUGACGCUUAUCAGGCUAGCUUAGCUUGCUAACAAAGAGACCCGGAAGUUAUCAACACAUUGCUGAGCAGCGCUCAAGUGAGUGCAAAGUGUGGUGAUUAUGUCAGUGUGUGUAAAGUAGAAAUACUGCCGGCUGUGGUGAGUCAGUUGUAGUGUGAGAAAGAACAAUAGCAGAAUACGAGGACGAACUUUCUCGAACAAACGAGGAGAACGGGCGACGAGGUCGACUCAUAGAUAUCGUGUUUAAGAAGCAUCACGUUACACAGAAGCAGGCAUCAGUGCAGAAAAUCCUCCCCUUGGGUAGCAGGAGUCGAACUCCAGCAUGGAGCAGCGGGAACCACAGCCGCCACACAUUAAAGAGGAAGAGGAAGAGGGAGAACCACAGCCCCCACUCAUUAAAGUGGAAGAGGAGGACCACAGCAUCAGUCAGGAGGCACUUAAAGGACUGGAGUUCCGAGUUAUUGUUGUCCCUGUGAAGAGUGAAGGUGAUGAGUACGAAGAUCAAAGUGAGGAGAAGAGCGAGGUGGAGCCUCCAAACAGCAGCUCCACUCAUCACAUGACAACAGAAGCUGAUGGAGACCACUGUGGAGGAUCACAAGCAGACAACCUCUUAGCUCCACUAUCAGAUAGUGACGACAUAACGUCACAGUCUACUGACACUGAUGAUGAAGACUCUGAAGCUGAUAUGACAUGUCACACUGACAACACACGCUGGAAAUGCUCUCCAUGUGAUAAAACCUAUGCCAACAAGCAAAAGCUGAAAGAACACAUCAGGCGUCACACGGGAGAGAAACCUUUUCUUUGCACUGUGUGUGGUAAAAGAUUCUCUCGAAAAUAUGUUUUAAAAACACACACAGAAGUACACACUGGAGAGAAACCUUUUCCUUGCUUGGAGUGUGGCGAAAGAUUUUCUCAAAAAGCUAAUUUAAAAAGACACACAAGAAUACACACCGGAGAGAAGUCUAUGCCUUGUACAGUGUGUGGUAAAAGAUUCCAACGGAAAAGUAGUUUAGAUAGACACACGAGAGUACACACUGGAGAGAAACCAUUUGCUUGCCUGGUGUGCGGUACAAGAUUUGCUCAAAAACACGUUUUAAAAGCGCACACAAGGGUGCACGCUGGAGAGAAAUCUUUUCCUUGCUCGGCGUGCGGUAAAAGAUUCUCUCAAAAAUGUGAUUUAAAAGCACACACAAUCAUACACGCGGGAGAGAAGUGUUUUCGUUGUACAGUCUGUGGUAAAAUAUUCUCUCGAAAAGAUAACUUCAAUAGGCACACAAGAGUACACACUGGAGAGAAACCUUUUCCUUGCCUGGUGUGUGGUACAAGAUUUGCUCAAAAAUAUCUUUUAAAAGCACACACAAGAGUACACGCUGGAGAGUAGUAUCGAUACCGGUCCCAAUUUCUGGGACUUUUGUGUGUGUUUAUGUGGUAAGAAAUGCUAAUUUACUAAUUGUAUUAUUAUAUUUCUAAUUUAAGAUAUUUGUCUCUUGAUAUAGAAAGUUAAAUAAAUCAAAACAACAUCCAGCUGUUUGCAUUGUAACAUCACAGUUGUUUCAGACAUUUCUUCCACAUGAAAAUACGGAACUCCAACUAAAACUCAGCUUUAUGCACUUAUAUUCCUUUCCUUUCCCCUCGCAGAAAAUAGCCAGGAGUCCAUGGAGUAAGUUAAAAACAGAUGAGCAAAAGAGGAUUAAGUUAAUAAUAAAUAUAAUAAUAUACAAAUUGAAGUACAGUGGUGCCUCGGUUAACGUCCGCCCAGUUAGCGUGUUUUUUGGUUAACAUCCAACAUUGUUGCUAAGAUUUUGCAUUGGUUUGCGUUCUCCCGCUUGGUUGGCGGUCAAAAUGGGUGCGUUUUUUAUAUACACCGGCAUCUUUGAUCACGUGCACAAAAGGGAAUCUCGCGAUACUUCACUUCAGAGGUAUGUAAAGAAAACCCAACCGCGCUGUCUGCACGACUUAAUAUCAAUACGUCGAGUACACGACAGCACUAUGUGCGACGCGCAUUGUUCCCGCACGGGUAUGCAUUGUCACCACCGUUUCACGCAUCCAUGAAGCAGUCGUGGUGUUAUUUUGGUCCCGUUAUGUCACACGUACAGCAAGCAUUACCCUUAGGUUCAUUAAUUCCAUUAUUUGUUGACUAUUCCCCCCAACUUGCUCCAAGAGGUGUUGGAAAAGUUAAUCCAUUCAUGUGAAUGAGACAUGUUUUGAUAUGCACCGCGCCCGCAUCAUUGUUUGCGCAUAGAUGGCGGUGCUUUUCUGGUUUUUACAUUCAUCAAAUUUGAGCGCAGGUGAACAAAUUGCUGUAAUAUGGUUGUCUUUUUUUUUUUUUUUUUUUUUUUGUCCAAGGGUCUACAGGUAAAAUGUUAAACGUUCACUUCUCCAAUUCAUGUCUUGUUUGUGGCAUUGUUUUUUGAAUGUAAAACUGUGCAUGUUUAAAAUCCUUCAACAGACCUCUAUGCAUCGAUUUUUUUGUGGCACGAGUGCAGAAACAGUUGCCCUCCAUGCAUAAUCUUUCCUCCUCCCUCUUUGCAAAACUAGGUAAAAGUGAUGUUCAGCUGCCGAUUAAUUUGUCUUUUGUAAUUACGUUUGCAUUUUGUGCGUGUAAAGCUAUAAUUACGGUCUAUAAAAUGUGUUCUGUGUUAACAUUUUUGGAUGUCUGGAACAGAUUAAUUGGAUUUACAUGAUUUUCUAUGGGAAAAUUUGCUUUGGUUAGAGUCUGUUUUGGUUUGAGUCGGACCGUUUGAGCGGAUUAAUGACGUUAACCAAAGCACCAGUGUAGCGUAAUACAAACUCCACAUGAAAACGGAGUUGUUUGUCGUGAACUACACUACUACGUCGCUAGGGGGCGAUUGUAGUCAUUGAAUCGCUUUGUGUGUGGAAGAAGACCAAGGUACAUGCUAAUGCCGUUAGCUAAGAAGCUUUCCUUGCCGAAGCUAGCAGAUAGUCCAUCCAACGGAUGGUACAGCUUUCUACAACUCUUUUGUGUUGUUGGUAAUGCUUUAAAGUGUGUUUCAAUGACAUCUGCUUUGGAUCGUGUGGUUGUGGUGCCUUUCAGAGGCACAAAAAUAAUUCGCCAUUGGGGUAGUAGAUAAAGUUCACUAUGCAAGCUGUCUGCUAUGUAGUAAAUUAUUUGUAAUUGCUGGAUUACCUGUCAAUGACGUCUAAAUGGAUGUAUAUGGAUAUUCCAGGCUUACUUUACUAAAUAAAGUAUCACUAGAGAUGUUGGCUGUGAAUGGUCUUUCUCACAUACUUGUAAUACUAACUACCGACUAGUUAUUGUUGGAUAAUUGUCACUAACUAAAUAACGUAUGAUUUUCAGUCUAUUUUAAUUCAUGUGUGAAGACACAAAUGAAGUUUUGGAGGUUUAGUUUG